AUGUCGACGCCACCGAGGCAAAACAGUCAAUCAGUCCUCGAGGGAACGGAUUAUCCCUUCAGUCUCGGUAAUUUUGGCCGUGUCAUCUCCACGUCGAGCCCUGCUGCUCAGAUAUGGUUGGAUCGAGGCCUGACAUGGGUCUAUACCUUUAAUCACGUGGAAGCAGUGAGCUGUUUCAAGAAGGCUAUUUCAUGCGACGAGGCAUGCGCUAUGGCCUACUGGGGUAUUGCAUUUGCCCUUGGCUCCAACUAUAACCACCCUUACGAAUUGUUCGAUGAAGACCAUCUUAAAUCUGUAAGGGUCUCAGACGCCAUCAGCAUUCGAUUCCAGCAUGCAAACCUUGUGCAGGUUGAACAGCUUGUAUCAGAUAGCGUCAAAUAUUGUGAUGCUAUGCAUAUCCUCUAUGGGGAAUUCGGCCAUGAUCUGGAUGUUGCUGCUCUGUAUGCCGACUCUAUGAUGACCUUGAGCCCGUGGAAGCUAUAUGACCUGAACACAGGCGAGCCUGCCAGAGGAGCUCGCACUUUCGAGCCGCAGGAAGUUUUGGAGCGGGCAUUGGCGCAGCGGGGGUCAUCACAGCACCCCGGUCUGCUGCACAUGUACAUUCAUCUGGCAGAAAUGUGCCCGAAUCUGGAGCGUGGACUUUCUACUGCGGACGCUCUACGGGAUCUUGUUCCUGACGCCGACCACGCGCAUCAUAUACCGAUCCACCUGGAUAACCUGGUAGGCGAUUACCGUCGCGCGAUCUCAUCCAACACCCGUGCGGCCUUUGCCGACGAGAAGUACUACGUCUAUGCUGGGGGCAAGAAUUUCUACAGUCUUUACCGCCUCCAUAACUACCAUUCUUUGAUCUAUGCGGUGAUGUUCGCCGGCAAGAAACAGAUCGCGCUGGAGACGGUGGACCGGAUGGAAGCAACCAUCCCCGAGGAAAUCCUGCGAGCCAAAUCGCCCAACCUCGCCGAUUGGCUUGAAGGCUACAUUGCCAUCCGGUUUCAUGUCAUGGUGCGGUUCGGAAUGUGGGAGGAGAUCCUUCGUCUCCAGUCCCCAGCCGACCAGGACCUCUACUGCGUGACCACCGCGACGAUUCAUUACGCCAAAGGCGUGGUAUUUGCGUCUUUGGGCCGCGUGAAGGAGGCCGAAUGGGAGCAAGAACGCUACUCGGCCGCCAUUGAACGUGUCCCUGACACGCGUCGAACCCAUCCGAAUCGCUCCGUGGAUAUUCUCCGCGUCGGUGUCUCUAUGCUUGCUAUCGAGACCCAAUAUCGCCGUGGAAAUUUUACAGAGGGUUUUGCUGCUUUGCGCCGCGCUAUCCAUCUGGAAGACAGUCUCGUGUUCAGCGAGCCCUGGGGAUGGAUGCAGCCAGUCCGUCAUGCCUGCACCGCUCUCUCGCUGGAGCAAGAGAAAAAUGACAAUAUCUUGGUCUUUUCAAUGGGUCUAGGAUCCUCUAGCAUUAUCUAG